UUUGAAGUUUUGAAAUUUGGAAGUUUUUCUUCAAAUUAAUCAAUCAAAAAUCAAUACUUCAAAUAUCGAUUUUUCAUUCAUUCCUUCCAUUUUUCACUUUUCGAGGCAAAAAAUCGAAUCCGGUAAACCAUGGUGUAUUCCAAUCAAAAGCUCGCUUGGUUCGACUAUUUGGCCUCUCCGAUCAUUCUUUGCUGGUAUCUCGGAGUCUUCUCCGCAUUUUUGCUCUUUGUCGUGAAGCCGUGUAUGAUUCCAAAGGGAUCUGCGAAACAGCCAUUCAUGUACUGUGGGGAGAAGCCGUACAACAACCCAGCCCUCAGAGUUCGCUAGAAAAUGAAGUUUUGUACUCAAAU